UUGGAUCCUAAAUUACUGAAUUUUACAAUGUUUAACUACUGCUUCAUCGCGUUUUUCCUGCUGGUAGCCAGUUGUCUGGGUCAAAGGCCAUCUUAUGCUGGACGAAACCCAAUAGGAUACCCAUCUCUAGAAACAACAACUUCAUCCUCUGCCGAUGGACUAGGAAACAGAUUUGGCAAUGAUGAUGGCACUACACAAAGGCUACCACUCGAGGCUUUGGGUGACAGGGACUUGGUCAAUCGCCUAAACAAGCUUCCUAUCGAUAAACAACCAUUUUGGUUCCUCAAUUGGAAAGCUUUGGAAGAGUUUGCGACCCCUGGUUGA